AUGGCACCAGUCAAAGACAACAAGUUCCUGCCUGAAAUCUGGGUGUUGUACUCUAUCGGCGUCUUAUGGGUGGCUUUACGCUUUGCAGUGCGGAUCCGAACGGUUGGAAUACGUGGACUACGAAUAGAUGAUGGAUUCGCCUUUUUCUCAGUGUUGUGCUGGACUAUCAUUGUUCUCGGCAUACACAUCACGUACUUCACGGGCACGAACGUUGACUACUCAGCAACAGAGGUAUGGGACCUCACUGAACGCCAGGUCGAGAGGGCGUCGUAUGGGUCCAAGCUAUACAUUAUCACAUUAUACGCGUACAUUGCGAUGGUGUUCAGCCUCAAAGCAGUUGUCAUCAUUCUAUAUCGACGGCUGGCCUUCGGAAACUGGCAGAAAAAACUACUUAACUUCACAGUAGCGAUUUGUAUUGUCGGGUUCGUAUCAACGACCUUGAUGCUGAGUCUGAUGUGCCUACCCUUCGAAAGGAGAUUUCGAAUACGACCUCUUCCGGAUAACACAUGUACGGCAUCAUCGACCUUCUUCAUCGUACUUAGUUGCUUCAACGCAUUCACGGAUGCACUUUUGCUCACCGUACCUCUUCCGAUGCUUUGGACCCUACGGAUACCGCUGUACCGACGAAUAGUGGUAUUCAUGCUGCUUGCACCAGGCAUAUUCGUCAUGGCCGCGUGCAUCAUUCGCGUCGCUUCCACUGUCGUGCCGGACAUAACAAUCCGCAUUAUCGCCCGCUGGGGAGCUCGAGAAAUAGCCAUCGCCCUUGUCGCUGUCAAUACCGCAAGUCUUCGUCCGAGUAAGUAGUGGGUUGGAAUCGGAGAUAGUAAAAGCCAUUCAAUACCUGACAUGAGUACCUAGUGUUCUGCAAAUCAUUUUGGUUGUCAGAAAAGGCCCGCGUCGAGCAAGCCCGAUUUCCUCGUCGAAACCUUUACGUUUGGGGCUCCUUACACCGCGUCCAGAAAAGGCUCAAAACUCAUCUUCCACUGAACUCGACAUCGGCAGGCGAAUCUACUAUCAGAAACUUUGCCGCCGAAGAGUGUACAAGAUCGCAGAUCUCUUUUGAAGACCCCGAUUACCAAGCUAUUAGUCCGCCCAAGGCAGCACUUCAAUCGACUAUCGAGCGAAGAGACGGCUUUGCAGGUAGCUUUAUUGAAAAGCUUGCCUACAGACAAGCGGGUAGCCGAGGCACGAGGGUAGAGAAGGAGCAAGAUUUAGAGAAAAACGAAACACAGCGCACCGAAAAGCCGAUUACAAGAACAGUAAUUGAUUCGUUAGAUACAGGCUUAAAUUAAUACAUCAUACAGAAGC